AUGGCACCCGCGGAGUUUCCUUUCGGGUUCGGUCCAUUUCAACGAAUGCUUUUUAAAACCUGUCCUUCGUUCAAGAAGUUUCCCAUCUUGCUCUCAUCGCCGGUGGUCAUCAGCAUUCUCAUCCGCCAUCUACAUUGUAGCGUUUAUAUCGGCACUUCCUACGGUCUGGUCCGGACACUAGACACUCGUGCGCGCCGGUCAUCGUCGUCCAACUCUUUUCCACAAACGCACGCCUUCCGUCUUGGAAGCUCCGGUUUCCCCACAGUCGCAAUGGCGAUCUCCAGCAUGGGCACGGCGAUGAUCGCCGUGGGGGCAAUCUGUCUGGUUGCCAAUACCCUAUUCGUUGGCCUCCGCCUCUAUACUCGGAUGUUCAUCAUGAAACCCCUUCGGUUCAACGACGCUCUACUUUUUCUUGCACUGGGCGCAUUCGGAGCUCUCUUCGGCCUCCUUGUCCUGGGGGUCCAGGGCGGCAUUGGCGGGAAAAUUCUGGACACCACCAUUGAUGGGAUUUCCCUCGUCCUCAAGGUCCUCUUUUUCCUGGAAAUCAUCUACGUAGUACUCACAUCCGCCAUGAAAGGGAGUAUCGCUCUCACCUUCAUCCACCUAUCGCGCUCCAGGCUCCUGACGUCCCUUUUUUGGGUCUCCAUUGCCAUGGACUUCGCCAUCAGCGCUGCUUUCAUCAUCUAUUUGCUCGUCCAAUGCAAACCCAUCGAUUACGCCUGGAGAAUGCUGGACGCAAAAGCUAAGGGGACGUGUCUUCCACUCACAGGCCAGCUAUAUAUGGGGUAUGCGUUGUCCAUCGUAACGGCGGCUCUGGACAUACUGUUGAUGGUCUCGCCGUGGAUCAUGAUGAGAGGCCGAGGACUGAACCCAACGCUUAAGCUGUACAUUUACGGUAUAUUCGGGCUGGGGAUUUUCGCAACGAUCGCGAACAUCAUUCGUCUUGUGGCACUCGUCAAACUCAAGAACUCGAAUGACCAGCUUCUGGACGCAGCGCCUGUUUUCAUGUGGUCUGCCGUCGAGGUCAGCAUUGGAAUCGUUAUUGCUGGACUGAUCGAACUCGGCCCGCUUGCUGCCAAACUCGGAUUGAAGGGCUUUGAGUCCUAUGCCCGCCUCGACGACUUCCACAUGCCGACGAAGCCUAUCAGUGGCCCGAUCAUUGAGGAGUAUGAAAUGGGUAGGGGCAAGAUUUGA